CCAGUACGGAAUAAGACGUGUGUGAGAGAGAAGGGGUCGUCAUAGAGGAGAGAGUGAGAAUGUGCAGCUGGUGUUAUUGCCUAUACCGUUGGUAACAAAAUGGAUCGUCUCGAAAUCAGAAAGUGAAACUGAUGAUCAUGAGGAAAAUCAUCCGAUUCCUAUCCUUGGUCAAUCGAUCGGUACAUCUCUAAUGGCAACCAUACUUACAGUAUUGUUCACAACCAUAAUGCUGUAAGUAGAACCUUAAUGGUCUCUGAAAGAAUCUUCCAGUCAAUACAGUAAUCAAUUUAAUCAUGAGGUUUAAUCAAGCAAUUUCUAUGUAAACAUUAUAAAUGUUCAAGAUCCCUCCCAUUUCUGCACUUUAAAGUGGGACUUACCUAAUUUUGUUAUAUAUUCACAAAAUAAGAUUCUGCCACUAUUUCAUGAGUAAUGUGCUGAAAAACUUAAUUGAGUAAAGUCUGAUUGUUUCCUGUUUAUACUUAUCUACAUUUUUCAGUGUAAUGAGUUUGCAAAAAAAUAUCAUCUUGUUGGUUUGAAAUUUGCAUAAUUACUGCUGUACAGUUAAUAAUAUCGAAGAGGAGUGAGCAAGCACAAAUUCUACUAAUGAGGUGCAUUCACUGGUAUGUGAAGUACUGCAUGGACACAAACAGUUGGGAAUGGUUAUUUAAAGAUCACUGUUACAGAUGUGAGUCUGAUGUGAGCAGUGCAGGGGAUGUUACUUUGAAGAUGCAGCUUGCUAAGCUAAUUAAACUAAAAGUCAACAAGUUAUUGUUGGAAACCAACAAUACAGCCUCCAACCUUCUUAGAAUAUAUUAAUACAAAUUGUGAAUGAUCUCCUGUGCAAUGCAGUCUAUCAGAACACCUGCCAGUUGCUUAGAAAUGUUACAAGAAAAAAUUGGCUUCUGACCCUUCUCCUCAAAGCUGCCCACAGUGGUUUUGAUAAUAUUUAAGUCAGUUGAUUAAGCUAGCAAUUGAGUUCCAGCUGUCUAAUUUUAACGAGCAUGACUAUAUCUUUUUCGCAUCAUAGCACUGGUGUCUGCGAUUAAAGUUUUAGCAAUUACAGCUCUUGUCGAUGUUGACUUUUUUCAAUUUUCUGUGGUCGGUUUUUGUGGUAAUAUGUCAGAUGAAUAUUGCUGGCUUGCUGUCACUUUGCUGCAGUAGUUCUGUGUUGUUCUGACACAAUCCUUCUUGUGUUCGACAGUCCCUAUCAUUUACUUUCAGGUUUUGAACACUUUUCUUCUUUGCAGAUGAAGUCAUGCCAUAUUUUGUUUACUACUCCAUAAUCAAAGUUUUUUCUUCAAACACCAAACAACUGGGCUGUUAAGAAUAAAAACGCUCCUGUUAAAUGGGCUUCCAUGAUUUGUUCUUUUUGGAAAGUCUGAAAAGUCACUUCACAGAAAACACUCCAAAACACAACUUAUACUAUAGUGAUAUACAAACUAGAGAACAUAGGCAAUGAAAAGAUAAAUAUAAUUACAGUGGGUUUCCACAUUAUUGUGUUGUAAUACAGUACAAACGUAUCUUGUUGAAAAGGUACAUUGUUUUAAAUGUUACACAAAUGAAAAAUUUAUUUGAGUUAGUAGUGUCACUAUUUUUAGCGGGCUAUUUCCCAACACUAGCCACGAGGAAGACAGAAUGAUUGAUUUCUAAGUCAUCUCAUCUGAGCUGUGGUCCAAAUUCUCAGUAUACAUGCAGAGAUGGAACAUUUCUUGCUGAUUCUGAUAGUUGUUUUCCUUGGCUUGUACCUGCAUGAUUACAUGCACUUAGUGUUAAGUGACACAGUUAAAGAGCAUUUGCUGAAUGUGCUAAUGUAGGACAAAAGUGUGAUGUACACUCUCAAAGAACUUAAUACCUCUUUAGCUUCAUCUCUGAGUUGAAACCCAUAUUUUACCAUGACAAACAUGACAAAUUGGUCCAAGAGAUCAAAUUACAGAUAUUAUAGAUUUUCCAGUAUCAAACCUGUAAUUAGCAUUUUUAUGUGAUGUGAUAAUUCUUUCGUUCUUUUUGUCCUUCUCUCUUCCUGCGUGUUUAUGCAUCAGUUUAUCUGUUCAAGCAAGUGCACUGCAGAAACUGACAAUGUUUGCAUUCUGAAUUUAUUUGUACAUAUUUUUAUACUAUAUUUAACCUUAUCUUUACCAUGUAGCUUCCACAUUAUUAAAAAUAAACUUCUUAAAUGGAGUUUUUCCAUCAGUCCAUCAGAGUUUUUGUGGCUCUCUCUUCUCUCUUCUCUUCUACAGCUCUUCUUACAAAGAAAACUGCCACACAUGAAGGUGGGAGUGUAAAUUUACAAGCUUCCAAUUCCAAAUAGCAUUAAAUAAUUGUCAUAUGGACUUUCCAUUCUUGUUAGAGGUUUGUAGAUAGUGUAAUUUCCACCAAUAGUGUUUGAGAGUGUGGUUAUUGUUUAUUGGCAUUGGUUUUGCUUUAAUUUUACAUGCAGUUAUGCACAGCGUGCCCAAGCGUAGGAAUUCCUGUGGAGAGCAACUGCAUGAGCUCAUUCAGAGUUAAAGGAACCACACACAUCAGCACUACAAAGUUGACACUUGAAACAUGAUGACUGAUGUCUUUCUCUUUCUGCUUUUUCUAGGUCUGUGGAUCACUCCCCUAUCUACCAUGCAAGACUCCCCACUCCUUCAGCCAUUCAGAAAACAACAUCCGUCCCACAUUUUAUACCAUCCUCACAGGAACACACACUCCCCCUCAUUGCCCGCUCAUCCUUCCAUCCAUCUGAAACAGAAAACCCUCAAACAAUCUGAAGCAUUUUGUCAACCCUCUCCUCCGCUCUGGCCAAAGUUCACCAGCAGAUACUCACCCCCAGACACAUUCUCACCAACAUUACCACUGCAAUUACUGCACUGGCUGGCACUGGUCACUUGUGCCUGCUUGUUGCCUGCUUUUUUCAGUCAGAUUCCAGGAGCUGUAGCUGGUGAGACGUGGGGUGUAGUGUCAGCGUGCCCCUUUCAUUGCGUCUGCAGGAAUCUCUCAGAAUCUCUAAGCACACUUUGUGCUGACAAAGGUCUUCUUUUUGUCCCGCCAAACAUUGACCGCCGAACUGUUGAACUUCGCCUUGCCGAUAACUUCAUUCGAGAAGUGGGAGGAGGUGACUUUGCCAACAUGACGGGACUGGUGGAUUUGACACUAUCCCGGAAUACCAUCAGUCACAUCCGGCCACUGGCAUUUGCAGAUCUGGAAAGUCUUCGUUCGUUGCACUUAGAUGGCAACCGACUCUCAGAGCUGGGUCCACGAGACUUAGUAGGCAUGAUAAACCUCCAGCAUCUCAUUCUCAACAACAACCAACUCAUCAACAUCUCCUCUGAGGCAUUUGAUGACUUUUUAUUCACUCUGGAGGAUUUGGACCUAUCCUACAACAAUCUGCGCAAGGUUCCCUGGGAUGCCAUUCAGAGUAUGGCCAGUCUGCACACUUUGAACCUAGAUCACAAUCUCAUUGACCAGAUUGCUGAGGGGUCUUUUAGUGAACUCUACAAACUAGCCCGAUUGGACAUGACCUCAAAUCGCCUACAGACUUUACCACCCGAUCCAUUGUUCGCUCGCUCCCAGACGGGGGUCAUCAGCCCUACACCCUACAAUGCAGUAAUCAACUUAAAUUUUGGGGGUAACCCGUUACACUGCAACUGUGAACUGCUUUGGUUGAGGAGGCUGAUCCGCACUGAUGAUAUGGAAACUUGUGCUACACCCCUUCAUUUAGCGGGACGUUAUUUCUGGUCUAUCCCUGAGGAGGAAUUUGCAUGUGAACCUCCGCUUAUUACACGGCAUACACACAAACUCUGGGUUUUGGAGGGUCAAAGGGCAACUCUCAAAUGUCGUGCUAUUGGUGAUCCAGAGCCAGUGGUGCACUGGGUCUCACCAGAUGACCGCAUCAUUGGCAAUUCCAGUCGUACCACAUCUUUCCGAAAUGGCACUCUUGAGCUACAUGUGACUAUUGCUCAUGAUGAUGGUAGAUACACUUGCAUUGCUAUCAAUGCUGCAGGUGAAGCCACCUCACUUGUUGACCUGAAGGUUAUUCCCCUCCCUCAUCGUGGAAAUGGAACAGUAUUGUUAGCUCGUGAUCCUGGAUCAUCGGACAUCACCAGAGGGAAGACUUCCAGUGGGCAAAGCCCUGGUGUGGACAGUAACAUUGACCCUCAGGAGGGACGGGAGGAGGGUCAGGCUGAGGGUGAGGAUGUGGUUAGUGAAGGGGUAGAGGAGCAGAUGAUAGGAGUACAAGGAGUGACCUCCACCUCAGCACAAGUGCGGUGGGAUAAGGGUCGACCGAUGGGAGCCAGCCUGGUGUGGAUGUAUCAAAUACAGUAUAACUGUACUGCUGAUGAAACACUAAUUUACAGGAUUCUGCCCCCCACGAGUGACAGCUUUCUACUGAAAAACCUGGUCUCUGGCUCAGACUACAAUUUGUGCGUGCUAGCCAUUUUUGAUGACACAGUCACUUCCAUGGCCGCUACAAAGGUCCUUGGUUGCACCCAGUUUAGCACCAAGGACAAUUACCCAGACUGUCGUUCGCUUCAAGCUCACUUCCUUGGCGGGACACUUACAAUUCUUGUAGGUGGAGUUGUUGUGGUAACACUGUUAGUGUUCACCGUGGCACUGAUGGUACGUCACCGUGUUUGCAGCAACCAUGACAACCAUCAUGAAAUAAGCGAGGAGGUAGGCUGCUCAGGAACAGACUCCCCGCCUCUUCCUGCCAAGGGAGUCGAUGUCUUUUCUCAGAGUAAUGGAAAUGGGAAUGUGAUGAUGGUGGUGCUGCCCAACGGGCUUGUUCAAAAACGAAAAGUAGCAGAGGGAGGGUUGGGGUCACCGCCCAAACCAACUUCCAAAGUGAAACCAAAAACCCUCCCAAAGCCCAAGGUAAAUCUGGAACAGUUCAGGGCAGGACUAGAAGUCGAGAUGGGUUCUGUCAGGGCUCUUCCUCCGUAUAAACUGGAGAAAGAGCAAAUGUCUUUGUAUUAUACCCCUAGUAAUCACUCCCCCUCCACACUGCCACGUCCGUCACGGCAAUUAGGGGCGAAACCGCUCAAACUGCGUCCUACCAAUGUGAACACAAGAAAACGGGCCAGUUUAAGUUUGGCUCCGCCACCUAAGUAUGGCCGUGACAGGCGGUUCAGCACAGGAGAGGGCAUUGUAGUCCGUCAGGGAGGACCAGAGAGCCAGUGGAAUUCCUCACUGGCCUAUCAGAGCCCUGUGUUGUCCAAUGAGAGUCCUCCUCACAGCGCCCUGCGCUACAAGAGAAGCUCAUCGUUCGAUAUGGGUGAAAUCGCCACAACAGCCUGCUACAGUUAUGCCAAGAGACUUAGUGUAAUCUGGACCAAACGGAGCCAGUCGUUACAUGGCAUGCUUGUCCAGUGCACUUCAGCAACAAGCACCUCAACAACCAGCAGCGGCAGUGACGACUUCCACAUGCAGCAUGCACGCGGAUACAUCCGUGCCUAUAACGCCGCAAACUCAAAUUCCAACCCUCCGAAAGCAGAGGUUACAACAAAUUCAAAGAACCAGUGGCUGAAGGAUAAAGAGAAGGAUAAAGAAAAGGACAAAGAAAAGCCAGAAGAACUUGAGGAGAGUGUGGUGUAGCGAAAGAGUAAACAGAUGAAAUACGCAAGUAGACAAGUUAAGAGACAAGCUGUUAGGACAAGAAGAUGGAUCCGGAAGGAGAAACUGGUUUAAAGGAGAGCUGUGGUAAAGUUACUGUAUAAGUGGGGCUAAAGGAUUUGGGGUAAAACAAAUCAACAAAAGCUGGUUUGGUGGUCUUAGCUGCUCUCUGGUUUGGAAAUGGUGAUCUGGUUUGCUGGUUUUAGAGGGAUUUGGGGUACUUGCCAGCUGGGCAGCCUGUGACACCAGCAAAACCAGAUGAAGACCAGCUUGACCAGGCUGAGAGACCAGUUAAGCCAGAUAAGUCAUACGAUGGUUUUAGACUGGCUCUUCAGAGGGAAAGUUGUUGAGGAUCUCAUAUAAUAUUGAUGGAUCAGAAAAAAAAAAUUGCAAGUGAAUAGACAGCAGAUAUAAAAGUCAAGUCUCCUAAAAAAACAUGCAAACAGUCUGGUUUGUCAGUGGAUUUUGGAGAACCACAAACUAUAUUUCUUUUUAAAAGACAAAGAAAAAAAAAACAAGAAAAAAAAAACAUCACAUAUAAGCAGGCCCACAGAAACAGUGAUUUCUAGCACAAGUGGACCUUGGGGAAAUAUGAUGGUUCAUUUUCCUGUGGCCAUGUGUAUUACUGGGACAAGACAAGCAAGUGGACAUGUCGACUCAUGCACAAUCGAUCGGAGGAGAUCAGCUGAUAACUGCAACAAUGGUAUUACAGCAAAUGUGGAAUGUAGAGGAUGCAAACUGCAAGGAAAGUUAAAGUGUACAAAUUUAACAAUGGUGGCAUGAUUCGGAACAUGUUUAAAGCAUAAAUGUGCUUUGACUGACAUUUGAUAUUUUGUGCGUAAGCCAGUUUGUGUGUAUGUGUUUGUAAGUGUUUAGGUGAGUGGGUGGAUUAAUGCACAAAAAAAAAAAAAGAAUCAAAAGUAAUUUUAUGACACUACUGGAUCUACUCUAUCAUGUGACCACCACUCUCCAGUACAGGAAUGUGUUCUGUGACUAUUAUGUUGGCUGCAAGGAUGCUGGACUAUUAUAGAAGAAAAGAAAUAAUUUUAAAAAAAUCCAUUCCAAAACCACAGAAUCAAUGAAUAAAUUCUGUUUUAAAAUA